AAACCGACGCCAUGCCAAUGCCAAUGCCAAUGCGAAAGCUAAAACUGCAAUUACAUUUACAUUUACAAUUACAUUUUAGCCAAAAGUCAGUUCAUUACUAACCCCCACUCCCUUCCCCCGUCUGUGUCUUUUGCAGAGCAUCGUCCCCAAUUAGCGGAGCCAUCGGUGGAGGAGGAGGAGGAGGAGCCAAGGAGCCGCCCAGCAACAACCAAUGGACCAUGUUGAUGCCGGUGCUGGAAUACUCGUACAACAGACACAUAGCCAAGAUACCAAAUUGUAAAAUGAGGCGAACGACGCUUAGAGCGGCAUCGAUGCGGAUGCUACCGUUGCUGUUCCUCCAACUGUUGCUGGUGCCGCUGCUCCACUGCCAGGCGGUGGAUCCAGCGGCCAGUGGUGGUAAUGGUGGUAAUGGUGGUGCUGGUGCAACUGUCACUGGCGGAGUCAGCGGUGGUGCUGCUGCCGGUGGUGCUGUGGCAGGGAGCAACAGCCUCAAUGGCGGACCAGCGGGUGGCACACUGAGUGCCAAUCUCACGGAAUUGGGCAGUCCCGGUGUGUAUAAUUCGACAAUGGAUAUAAUGCUAAUUGCAAUAUAGUAUAUGGCAUAUAUAACUGACCUAACCCCAGUCUCAGUCCCAGUCCCAGCCCCUCCCUGACGACGCCGCCAUUUUGGCAUUUGUGUAUGUGUAUGUGUUUUUCCUUGUGCGCAUUUCCGGUUUCCGUUUCCGCUUGGCAAGAGCAGCAGGGAAAGGGUUGUGCUGGUGGCAAAAACUAUUAGCCACUUGGCGCUAAAUAACCACGCCCACGACCCUUGGCAACCCUGCAACCCCGCCUGGCCAUACCUCCUCCAUUCACACAGAAGCAAAACACUAAGCAUCAAUUAACCCAAUUUUCAGGAUCCAUUUUCACCUGGCCAUGGAGCUGUGGCCAUGGCUCCUUGCACAUGGCUCUUUUGCUGAGUAUUUUCCUAGCCGUACUUCUGUGUGGGUUUAAGUGUGCGUGUUCACAGUUCCUUUUCCUUGCAGCUAUAUAUAUUUUUGAGAGUUUUUCUUUUGCCACCAAUCCCCAAGUGACGACGUCGAAACCAACUCCCAAUUCCCCAGCCCAAGCCCCCAAGCCCCUUUUAAUCCUGGCUCUUUUAGCCAGACUUUUCUUCUUCUCCAAACUCUUUCCCACAGGCGUUCGAGCAUUUGUUGUAGUUUGGUUUGGUUUUGGCUUCUGGAUCUGGACUUCAACGUGGGAGCAGCAGCAGCAGUCGCAGCAAAUCAUAAUUAAUCCAUCGAUUUUCCAGCAUUUUUUUCAGCAUUUACCAGCUUCAAUAAUUCACACAAAUCAUUUCACCUAUAAAUAUAAAUUCUUUUUACAGCAUUUACCAAUGAAUUCUUUUUACAGCAUUUAACAAUGAAUUUUUCAGCAAACAAGAGAUUUUUUUCAGUCAUGUUUUUGCCUCAUUUUUAUUACGGAAUAUUACUGAUAUUACGAAUCCAAUUACAAAUUGAUGAGCAGACGCCACAGAACUUGUACGACAGUUUGUCAGACACAACGAGCAGCGGGUGGUCCGGGUCCAACAGCAUUGGUCAGCUGGAGAUACGCAGAUGUCCCGGAUUGUAUGACUUUGAAGAAAAAUUUACGACUGCUGACGAGAGAUGCUCAUUCGCUUGGCCAUUGCUAUCAUAUUCAUAUAUGGGCUGAAAAGAAACGAAUUGGAAUAAUUGUUUUAAAUGCUGUUCUGUAUAGUAAUCGUAUUUGUAAGUGUUUUUGUAAAUUUGUAAAUCUGCUAAUUAUGCAUAAGCUAUUCAGUAUUCAGCUACCCAUUCAAACGUGAUAAAACAUAAUUAAGCGUGUAAUUUAUUGCAAAUGUUAUUAUUAUCUGUGUACCGUAAAUCUAUCUUUUUUUUGUUUAAUUUAGCUUUAAAGUGUGAAUUUAUUACCUUGUACAUAUAUCUAGAUUCAAACGUGUAAAGUAUUGAUAAAACAUUAUUGAUGUAUUGCUAAAUACUUAUAGUAUUAUCAUUUUACAUAGUAGUAGAAAGCAUUUGGAGUUCUAUAAAGGUC